AUGCCUUCUCGUAUGGUUUCGUUCUCGUGUUCUAUUUUGGAAUCUGGUGAUGUCAUUGGCCACGACAGCCGGGCUUACAUUCAUGAAGAAGAGGAUAUUCAACUGGAUGAAGGGCCCGAGAGGCCCCUGUCCCUGGCCCCGUCCACGCCCAGGCGCUCCCCUUGCCCAGGUCCCUCCUCAUGCCCGGGUCCCUCCUUACGCCCAGAACGCCUGCCCAGGAUUCGUCGCUUUUGCCCCGGGACCAAGGCCUUGAUGGAGAUCCGCAAAUAUCAGAAAAGCACCCGAGUCCUCUUACCACAGGCACCCUUCUUACACCUGUUCCCUGAGGUGUGCCAGACUGUCAUCAGACGUGAACUCAAGUGGCAGGUCUUUGCCCUAAUGGCACUUCAGGAGGCAACCGAAGCACUCUUGGUGUUGCUGUUUGGGGACGCUAACUUGUGCGCCAUCCACGCCAAGCGGGGCACUUUGUUUCCCCAGGACCUCUACUUGGCCCAUAUGAUUCGAUUGUCCAACGCCAUCUGA